AUGAUAAUCUUAAAUAUUCUAAUUUUAAAUGCGUUUGUUGCAACUUGGAACGUGUUAGCAAAUGAAUUUGACAGCGAAGACAUGUACAUGCUCGUGUCACCGGACCAGCAUACGCGCACUCCUCGCCUGGAGGACUUCUUCUGGACGGGCUCUGGGGACGGGCCCCCACCCCCCGACCUUGCUGCCCCUGCCCCCUCACCCUCGAAACCGAUCGUACACACCACCACCGUCCUGGCUACUGUCUACCUUGACUCGUACCCACCGCAGGCGGUGACGGACAAGACGACGGGCGACUGUUUAAUGAAUUGCGGUGAAGUCGGCAUUCCCGACAGCCUAGAGCCUGAGAUACCGGAAGACAGACGGUACUGGCUGCUAACGGUUAUCCAAGGCUCCACGCCAGACAGUCUGCAGCUAAGGCUGGCUAGGCUGUAUCAGAAAGCGUUCUUAAGGCAACAGGAGCGGCAUCUCGGGAUAGUAAAAUCUUUAGACGCGCCGACUCCAAGAAAGAAACACGACGUGCACUCUUUCGUCGUUAACAAAGACACCAAUUUGAAUCAAGUCGAAUCGACUUCGCAAAUGCCCGUGGAACAUAACGAUAUACACAACUCUUUGCUCAACGUCAGCAAUGUUAUUUAUAGUAGCGUUACAACUCACUUGGUUAGUUCUCCACCUUCUAAUUUGCCAGUAAACUUUAGCCAAGUCUACCCGGAGAAUCUGGACGCGUCAGCAAAUGAACAGAAUUUUUCUAAGGGCUACGCAGCGAUCGUACCGACAAAGUUGAGCGAUAACGACCUCUGGGUACUUGUGACGCCAACAGUGAUUCUUAAAAAGAGGGACGCGUCCUCGAUGGAAGUGGAAAAAGAAGCAGCGGACCUCAUCGAUAUCCCAUUGGAAGAAGACGCGAGUGAUGAAAGCUCGCUAUCCAAGCGGGAGAUACUGAGGCCGGAGCAACAGCCGCCAGUGCGCGUCCACAUUCAGAACAUUACCGAGUCUUCUGAGACUGGCAGCGUGGAGAUAGUGUACGUGGUGCUAGUGGGGGGCCGCGCGGUACCGGCAGCAGUUGCGGCGCGAGACAUGCGCCUUGUGAGAGACGCGGAGGUGGCGCGGGAGCUGGGCGCCCCCGUCACCACUAAGGCUGAGCCGUACCUGAAGGCGGCCGCUGGGCUCGAAGGCGGCGCGACUGCGACCAGCCCGAGCACAGAGCUGUGGGCGCUUGGAAUCGCCUCGGCGGCCGCGGUUCUCAUUAUCCUGGUGCUACUUCUACUGCUCUGUCUCGCUCACAGACGAAAAACGAAGAAAUCGGCGGCAUCGUUGCGAGCGUACAGAAACGAGCUCAUGCGCGAGGUAGAGCGCAGCCAGAUGAAGCAGGUCCACGAAGAGAGAGACGGCAGGGUGGACUUCAUUAACAUGUUCAUGCCCAUCAACAGCUCGUCUACAACUUCAGGAAUAUCGGAGGUGGCUGCUGCGUUGCGCACAAGACAGAAGAAAAGGCACGCCCUUAAAAUGCCCCACAAGAAGAGGGUGGGUGCGAGUGACAGCCUGCUGGUAUCUGCUGGCUUGGACAGUUCUGACAGCGCUCCACACACGCCCACAUCACACCUCUCGAUGCCUUCGCUGGCCGCCUUCCCCAGAGGGAACGCGGUGGAGCCGCUCUCGCGGAUCCUAGAGCCGGUGUCGGUUAGGCACCUGGACGUGGAAACGCCGCCGCCCACGCCCAAAGCCCACGCCCACGCCCAGCGGGGGGAGGGCGCGCCCAGACGGCAGAUGGCGUCGCAGCUCGUCAGGCUGGGCAGCAUCGACAAGGACCCCGGCGUGAUCGGACCCCUGGUCUGGGACCUACACUGCCAGAGAAUCAAAAGCGCUCCGAGGCAACAGAGCCCUCGGUGGAAGGGGCAGAAGGAGGGCGCUUCCCGCAUGAGGCAGCGCUUCAACGAGCUGAUGGAUGACGCGUUCACGCUGUUCGGGAGCGCUUCCAGCGGCUCGCAGGGGCGCGCACUAGGCGGCGGAGGGGCCGGGGAGGGGGAGAGCGCUACGGAACGCGUUACGGAAGCGCGGAACGAUAGCGUUCGGGCGCCAACCGUCUCGGCGGCGCCGCCCACGUUGGCCACUUUGCCCACGGCACGGCCGAUGCCCACGCCACGCACGUCGCCCACGCCGCGAGGGCUCUCUGCCGGUGCCAGCUCGAGCGUUCGCCCGCAAAGGCGUGGCGAAGCCGUUGGCACGUCUGACGGUCGGCCGCGCACUACGCAGACGCAUGUGGGCGAGCGGCGCGCCCCGCCCCAACGCGCUUGGCCGGCAUCUCCUGCACGGACUGCGCCGCCCGUUCAUCCGGAGUUCAUCCUCGCCCAGGGCAGACUGCCCCCGGACGACCCCGCGCUGCCCCUCAUAUCCGCCAUCAAGGACGAGAUCAAACGAGUCCGGGACAACGCCACCAAAUCCCACACG